GUGAGGGCGGAACUCUCUUCCCUUGGAUACGGUUAAGUGAAACAGCGCCUGUCCAAUGAUAUCCGGGCGCGGAGAGUGGGCGGGGCGGUACUGUGGAGUUGGCGCGGAGAAUAUGAUUUGACGGGGCCGAUUGCCCGGAAGUUGUUUUAACGAUUCUCUCUGGUCCGGUUCGCAGCUGGGAAGAUGGCGCAGGAGGAGAUGGACGUGGAUUUCCCCAUCUUGUUGGAUCUGAGCAGCCAUCAGGCCUCUCCUGUGGCUUCACAUCUGGUGCUGCCUCCUCCUAUCCUGUAUUCAGACAGCUCGGAAGAUCUUUUCCCCGUGGGUGAGGGCAACGAGGUGAUUACGCUGGACUCCGGUGGGGAGACCGCUGACCCACAUCUAGCCGCCUCCAACGCACUGCAGAUGCUCCAGGGAGCUCUUGAACAUCUCCGCCAGGGUGCGGAUCAGCAGGCAACUGCACAUCGCGUGCGGACCUUGCGAAGAAACACUAGACGGCAGCAAAGGAGGGGUUCCCAGCGAGCCGCUGGCGGCAGCUCCCGCGCAAGCCUGGCAAGCUUCUUCCAAGUUAACAGAACGCAGGCGCUCCCUCCUGCUGGCGCUCCACGGGGAGGAAACUCGGAGAUGCUCGGGGAGCCACCGGACAACGGAGAAACCUCUGAUGGGACCGUAGAGCUGAGCGACGAAGAUGGUGGAAGCUCAACCGACGUGGACGAUGGAGACGCGGAUGCCAGAGCCGUUCAGCCUCCGGAGCCAGCCCCUGAAGAGAGACACAUUGACACUGUGGCUGUCCGCACAGUAGACUCCGGCACUUUGGACACAACUUUGCAACAAAUCCAAAACAAGCCGAAAACCCCAGUGAAGCCUGUGCCUGCUGCCCCUCCUCUCGAGGAAGAGGAGGGUGACACCUGUGCCAUCUGUUUCGAUUCGUGGACUAAUGCCGGGCAACAUCGCCUCUCAGCCCUUCGCUGCGGCCAUCUCUUCGGCUUCACCUGCAUUGAGCGAUGGCUGAAGGGAGGAGCAGCAAAGUGCCCCCAGUGCAAUAAAAAGGCCAAACGCUCGGAUAUCGUGGUUCUGUAUGCCCGGACGCUGAAAGCUCUGGAUACCAGUGAGCAGGAGCGAAUGAAAAGUUCCUUGGAGAAGGAGCAAUCGAUGCGCAGGAAAGCGGAGCUGGAGUCUGCGCAGUGCCGUCUGCAGGUCCAGGUGCUGACCGACGAAUGUGGUAAACUGCGCAAGCAAAUCCAGGAGUUAAAGAUGCUAAUUGCCCUGAAUGGCACCAGCUCUUCCCAGCUGCCCUCCAGCUCGCGAGUUGGGGGCUGUGGUUCACUUUCCUCCAGCCAGGGCCAACACAAGUACAACUUUGAGAGGGCCAUUUUGAUCUCCCAAACUGGAAACUGCCGUGUCAUGUCUUACUGCGAGAGCUUGUGCUGCCUGGCCGUGUCCCAGCCUUCUCCCCAGACAACGCUUAUUCCUGGUUGCGGCAUAAAGAAGCUCAGUGCAGCCAAUCUGAAAAGCAGUCAGUACGUUCCCAUUCACUCUAAGCAGAUCCGGGGCCUGGCGUUCAGUAACCGCUCCGAUGGCCUGUUGCUUUCAGCAGCUCUUGAUAACACAGUGAAGCUCACAAGCUUGCUGACCAACACGGUGGUGCAGACCUAUAACGCCGGGAGACCGGUGUGGAGCUGCUGCUGGUGCUCUGACAACACAAACUACGUGUAUGCCGGUCUAAUUAACGGCUCUGUGCUGGUGUAUGACCUGCGUGAUACCAGCCAGUGUGUGAAGGAGCUCGUCCCGCAGGGCUCCAGAUGCCCCGUGGUAUCGCUCUCCUAUGUGCCCCGAGCCGCCUCGGAGGUGUUCCCUUGUGGGGGGGUAUUGGCUGGGACACUGGAGGGUGCGUGUUUCUGGGAGAUGAAAGAUGAGCAGUACCGUCCCCACAUCCUCCCUCUGGAGCCCGGUGGAUGCACUGAUAUUCAGACAGAGAGCAGCACGCGCCACUGCCUUGUUACCUACCGCCCUGGGAAAGCCAACAACUACCUCCGCUGUGUGAUGAUGGAGUUGACUAGUAGUCGCCUGACUGACUCUGAGAAUGAGUACAGUUGUUCUUGUUAUCCAGUGCAGACCUUCAAUGCUGGCCCCACGUGCAAGCUGCUUACCAAGAACGCCAUCUUCCAGAGCCCCGACAGGGAUGGCAGCAUCUUGGUGUGUGCCGGGGACGAGUCCUCAAACUCUGCCAUGGUUUGGAAUUCCAGAUCCGGCUCCCUCCUCCAGAAGCUGCAGGCGGACCAGCCGGUUCUUGACCUCUGUCCCAUGGAGGUGAACCAGAGCAGCAUGCUGGCCACUUUAACGGAGAAAAUGGUGAAAAUCUACAAAUGGGAGUGAGUCAUCGACCAAAAGCCACCAAUCAGAACGCGCACAACCUCGUGCCUACACGUACCAGUCAUACGAGUCUUAAUAGUAGACUGAGUCCCAGGAACACGUCCUGCGUCUCCCAGAG